AUGGGUAUAUCAAAUUAUGCUCUCAUUGCUCUCGGAGGCGCCUCUCUGGUGGCAGGUCAAUCGUUUCAGUCGACGCCCGUGAUGGGCUGGAACUCAUACAACCAGAUGUCCUGCAGUCCCAACAGUGAUAAAAUCACCACAGCCAUCAAUUCUCUGGCUGAUCGAGGCUUUGUUGACGCCGGCUACAAGUAUUUUCAGGUCGAUUGCGGCUGGGCUUCACGAGAUGGAAACCGCAACGGCACGACUGGAGCAUUGAAGGUUGACUUGGACGCAUUCCCGGCAGGCCUCAAGCCUUUGAGCGACCUCGCCCGGUCCAAAGGAAUGAAGUGGACCAUGUAUUCUGAUGCUGGAGUUCGGAUGUGCGACCCUCAAGUACCUAGUCCUGUACUUGGCUCUCUUGGCAACGAAGCCGUCGACGCGGAGUUCUUCAAAACACUGAACACUGAAUAUGUCAAAUAUGACAAUUGCUAUGCCGACGGGGCCGCAUCAUCACAGAAUGCACCCAAAGAUGCCAGGACUGACUUCGUGACUCGCUUCACAACCAUGUGGAACGAGCUUCAGCGUGUUGGUAUUCCAGGGAUGCUGAUCUGCCAGUGGGGCACGCCGUACUCGACGUCCAGUGGUCUGGAAGGACCUGCCCAAUGGACGAAAGGCAUCUCGACGUCAUUUCGACUAUCAGACGACAUUGCCACGGGAUGGGCAAACGUCUAUCGCAUCUACAAUCAAGCGAUCCACAUAGUCAAGUCCGGAAUCGUUGGACCGGGCAAUGUUGCCGAUGCAGAUCUUCUCGAAGUCGGCAAUGCUGGUAUGACCUUUGACGAGCAAGCUACCCACUUUGCGUCAUGGGCCAUGCUCAAAUCUGCGCUGAUGAUUUCAACCGACGUGGCCGCGCUGUCAGAUGAAAGUAUUGCGGUACUCCAAAAUCAAGAUUUGAUCGCGAUAAACCAAGACUCAGCCGUUACGCCGAUAGAGCUUGUACAGCGCUGGACCGGGAAUCGAGAUCUUUGGACCGGAGACCUUGCCAAUGGCGAUAUUGCAGUGCUCGUCGUGGACCUAAGCAACAGUGCCCGUGCACUGAAUUUGCAACUUUCCGAACUCGGAAUCGCUUUUGCAACCAUCAAAGAUCUCUGGAGUGCCGAAACGAUCGAGAACACAGCCAGCUAUUCUAAGCAAGUCAAUGGUCAUGGAUCUCUUGCACUUCGACUUUCGAAUGUUCAGCGCUCAUCUGAUACAGGAGCAGAGUAUACCUAUACAUCUGUAGCCACUGGCUCCUUAUCAUCGGGUGCAAACAUUCAAUCCUGCUCCGGCUGCGCCUCAUCCAGCAAAGUUGGAAACUUGGGAGGUGGUUCGAGUGGCCGCGUGGUUCUUUCGAACAUUCGUACUUCGCAAGCGACACAGAACGUUCAAUUCGACUACAUCAACGGCGAAGUCGGGUAUCUUGGCGGCAGCAACAAUGAACGUCUCGCCUCAAUCAGCGUAAAUGGAGGCACUGCACAAACGGUGAGCUUUCCCCUGAGCGGCUACAAUUGGGACGCCGAUGUCUAUAAGGGUUACGCUGUUGAACUAUCCGGCUUCAAUACCAGCGGCCCUAACUCUAUCAGCAUAACGGGUGUGGGAUCUGCAUGGGCACCAGACUUUGAUAGAUUAGGCGUGGUCGCGUAA